AUGAAAGCCUGUGGAAUCGAUCUUCACACUGCAUUGAGUUUUGCGUAUUCUUCCAAAACUUCAGAGGGUCAAUGGAUGGAGGAAAACCAAGAAUCUGAGGAGAAAAAAGAACCCAGUGUCACAACACAAAGUGAGGACAAUGAUAUAAAUGCAAAGGUGUUGCGAAGUGUCACUGAGAAUUGCAAUGGGAAGAAAAGAGUUUGUCCCGUGUGUCAUAAACAAUUUGGUGCUCCAUCCAAACUAAAAAGGCAUUUCCUUAUUCACACGGAUCAGAGGCAUUUUCAGUGCUCCAUAUGUUGCCAUGGCUUCAGGGAUCUCUCUCAUCUCAAAGCACACAUCAGAACUCACACUAACUCUGUGAAGCGGAGGACGCCAUCACUCCAGAGCCAGAGAAACAAUGGUGUGUCCUGGAAUCAAGCAUCUAAUUCAAGGUUAAAUCACUCAGUGUGUAAUGGCCUUGGUGAAACAGUUAGAUCUUACUCUCCAAAACAUCUAACUGCCCAAAGCAAUACCAGUUCAACAGAGAAACAAAAGUCAGCCACAGUAGACUUAAUCGAAACAAAUUCAGGUACCACAGGUGUUGAGAUUCGCAAACAUGUUUCCGAAAGUAGAAAGGGACAUUGGUGCCCUGUAUGUUUAAAAUGCUUUAAUGCCCCAUCAAAGCUCAGGCGUCACAUUCCGAUUCAUACAAAGCAAAGGCAUUUCAAAUGCUCUGUGUGCUUUAAAGAUUUCCAACAAAGACACCACUUGAAAGGUCACAAGUGUAUGGAAGAAUUUAGACUGGAAAGCAACUCUGUUUUGAGUGAUAAGCAGGUAAGAAAGAAAACAGUCCAGCAGAAUGCUGGAGGGGGUGUCGUAACUACCAGGGUUGAUGCCUUGAGUGAUAUUCAAGGUAGGUGUUUUAAACCACGGUUGAGAUCUUCAUCACCAGAUGUAGUCACACCAGCCGAAAAAAGGAGCUCUCCAGUAUCCACGUCUUCUGAUCCCAUGUCUCCAAUUCCACUCAAAAAGAGAAGUGGAUGUCAGUGUAAAAUAUGCUUGAAGAUAUUCAGUUUCCCCUCUAAACUAACUCGACAUCUGUACGUUCAUUUGGACGUCAAGCCUUACACUUGCACGAUCUGCAGAAAGUCAUUCAAGCAGGCCUGUGAUCUCAAUAAGCACCUCAAGAUACAUGCGGACAAAAGAAACGACCCUUCUAGGUCGCAUGGAGUCCUGCAGAAGCACGGCCCCAACUCCUCAACACCUAGAGCUUCAACACCAGAUGGCGGUAAUGUUGUGUCUUUACCUCAGAUAUUAGAAUCUGUGGACACCAAAAAGAAUGAAAUGCUUGAAUGCAAAAGUAAGCUUAACCAAACCGUCCCCUUGACCGAGUCAAAGUCAAGUACUGUAGAGAUUGAGAGUUCUGACACGUUGACAAAUGCUGAGGCGCAGACCGCAUCCUCCAGCCCAACGUACCUUAAGCGCCAACAUAAAGAUGUGCAUCAGUGCUGCAUCUGUCAGAAGAACUUUCCGUAUCCUUCUAAGCUCUCCAGACAUAUGUUGAGCCACACAGAUUUCAGACCGUUUAAGUGCCACGUGUGCUCGAAAUCAUUUAGAGAGCUGUCUUAUUUGGAGGGCCACCAGAGGAUCCACAAAAAAAAGGGUCAGGACAAAAUUGCUGGUCAUUUGGAACAAGAACAUAUGCUUUCUUUUGGUGAUACUACAAUAUCUAAAGCUCAAGAUGUGCAAAUCUCCUCACAAGUUGGAGGUGAAGACUUUGCUCCAGCACACAAAGAUCAAAAUGUGGUCACAGAAAAUAUGCAUUCUCAAACAAUGAAUGGUGACUGUAGGGAUUCAGGUGUGUUUUUCUCAAACGGUACUAGCCUUCUAGAGGAUGUUCAGAUUAAGUCUGAGGUUGUUUUCCAGUGCAACAACAAAUCCAUUUGGGAUCUGACGCAUAAAACGGACAUCUCAGUGCUUGUUGAGAAAAAGGCAUCUGACAUUGUGCCUUUCGGCAGGGUGAGUGACUGUCCACCCAAAACUGACUCACCCCUCUGUCAUUAUGCUACCGAAUCAAGAACUGAGGAAAAAGGGACAAGUCAUUUGGAUGAUUUUGAAGAUUGUGCCUUUGUGGAGUUGGACGAUGUUAAAUAUGUCCCUGAUUCUUACGUGCUCCAUUCCCAUGAGUAUCGACAGAAAGAAGAAGUGGUUGUAGGGCAUUUGGACUUUCAAGAUCUAGGUAAACGCUUUACCGACCCUCCAUGUGACUUACCCAUUUGUCCAGGCUGUAGUCAGUGUUUCUCCACGUUAACCAAAUUAAAUGAGCAUAAAUGUGCAGACAGAUGCCCUGAAGAGAAAAUAAAGAAAUCCCACCAGUGUGACAUAUGCUUCAAAGUCUUCAAUGCACCAUCCAAACUGAAGAGACACAGUGUUACACACACCGGCCAGAGGCCGUUCCAGUGCACACAGUGUCAGAAGACCUUCACGCUGCCCCAUCAUCUGAAAACACACAUGCUGUCCCACAGGUAG